AUGUCCACGGCAAGCCCGGCAUCGCAACUCACACAAUGGCCACGGUCCCCAGCCGCGCCGCAUGGGGCUUGCGAUGACGACAUCGACUACCUGAGCGAGGACGAGGGCAUGGGAAGCCAGGGUGGCCCUUCAACGUCGGCGUACACAUCAUCGGAAGAGAUCGGCAGCUCGAGCAAGCGGUAUCAAGUACACAAGCACACCUCGAAGAACAGUUCCAACCAGUCGCGACACACCUACCUGCCUACGGUGCUUGGCUUCAGCGCUGACGACCUGGGCACUGAAGAUUGGAAGGAAAUGCGAGCCGGGAUGAAAGCCAAGGAGCGUGCGAUGCCGCCCAAGGCCUUCAACGAGGAGUACAUCAAGCGGCGCAGCGUCCUUGUCGACUGGAUGUCGCAGACCAGCGAGACCGUCCUGCGUUUGGUGCCCAUCACCAUCCACAUCGCUGUGGCCUUCCUCGAUGCCGCCGUCGCCAAGCUGGGCGACCAGUACAUCAAGCCAACGCGCCUCCAGCUCAUGGCUACCGCUUGCAUCCUCACUGCCGCCAAGAUGGAGGAAAACGAUGGUCAGGUGCCCUCGGUGUACGAGCUCAAUCGCUGCUGCCAGGACGGCUACUCUCCGCAGUUGAUCGUGAAGAUGGAGAGCCUUCUUCUCGAUCUGCUGGACUGGAACCUCGUCGUCCUGACCCCGCGGCACUUCCUCGAGCUCUACGAGGGCGGCGGUGCCCUCGUCGUGCAGCCCUUUGAGGAGUUUGUCAACAACACCACCAUCCCCCCUCUCAAAAUGGCCUCGGUCCAGCGCUACCAGCGUGAGUACGCUGAAUUCUUCGUCGACCUCUGCCUGCACGACUUCAAUUUUGUUCACUACCGCCCGUCGGUUGUGGCGGCGGCGGCUCUUGCCUCGGCCCGGCGCAUGCUCAAGGUGACGCCCAUCUGGCCUCACCGUUUGGCCAAGCUCACCCAAUACGACUUCGAGCACUUUGCGCAAUGUGCCGAACACAUCUGGGGGUAUGUGCUACUCUCGCAAACCAGUUCCUCAACGGUGAUGGUUGACCCGGCUCUCGUUCACAGGGUGUACGAGAAGACUUUCGCGUCUCCUUGA